GAUUGCAGCCCGUGCAUGGCAUGGUUGACAGGGCAGCUCGCGAUCCAGGCAGGGAACCAGGGCGGACAGUACUUCUAUUCAGCCGACAGCAGCAGCGUCGCGGUUCGAGCGGAGAGCGUCUCCGUCCCCGGUGCUCGUCUCAGCCGCUGUCCCUCCUCCCCGAGAGCCGAGCUCCGCGCUUGUCAUUGCUCGGUCGGCCUCGGAGCUGACGGCGCUUCACGUUAGCUCUGCGAAAAUGGCGGAUAUGCCGACGGAGAAAAGCCUGGACGACUUCUUCGCCAAGCGGGAUAAAAAGAAGAAGAAAGAGAAGGGGAAGGGCAAAGAGACGGCCGCCGCGGGGCCCACGACGGCCGCCGUGAAGAAGAUCAAGAGGGAGAAGGAAAAAUCCACCAAAAACGAGAAUCAGGACGCGAAUCAGGUCGUUAAGGAGGACGAGGAAUGGAAGGAGUUUGAGCAGAAGGAAGUGGACUACAGUGGGCUUCGCCUUCAGGCCUUACAGAUAAGCGACGAGAAGGAGGAAGAGGAAUACGAGAAAGAGGAGGUCGGCGAGGACGGGGAGAUCAUCCUGGUGAGUUCAGACAAAGUGUCUGGUCCCUGGAACAAGUCUGGUGGAGCUCCUCCUCCUCCUUCCGCCCCUGCAGAGGAUCCAGAGGCGGCCGAGUCCAAGCCAGCCGGUGUGUAUCGCCCCCCAGGAGCUCGCCUGGGCAACACCAGAAGCCGCCCCACCCAGGGCCCCCCCGAGAUCUACAGCGACGCACAGUUCCCCUCCCUGCUGUCCACCGCCAAGCACGUGGAGACACGCAAGGACCGAGAAAUGGAGAAGACCUUCGAGGUGGUGAAACACAAGACCCGCGGCCGGGAGGAGAGCGGCGGAGCCUCUAUGCAGCACCUGCAGCUGGACAACCAGUACGCCAUCCUGGGGGACAAGUAGACCCGCCCCCCCUCUCCGCCCCCCGGCCCCUCCAGCACGGUCCUGCCCAGCCCCAACCCCCCCCCCAAACCCAGCGGACCUCCAGCUGUGUGGACCGCAGUCCUGACAGAAGCUCAUGCUGCCACCAUCGCCACACCGGUCACUCACACAAACACACACCCGAGUACACACUCAGUCACACACUGCAGUGGCCCCUCCCUUCAAACACGUCACACUCUCGAUACAUUUUCGGUCGGCAAAAACUGAUGGGCUGCACCCGAGGGGGCCGACGGACGAGGAAACCAUUUUGAAAUUGAGAAGAAAAAAAAAAGCCAAACAUGCGGCGGCGAGAGGCGGCACACUCGUCCUCUGUGGAUCGCACUCAGAGCAGCGGUCGUGCGAC